AUGUCAAAAGAGGAUGAAAACCAGGUGUUUAAAGGCACCACCAGUGAAGAUGUGCGUCUUGAAAAUCUGGGCUACGAGCAAGAGCUCAAACGUUCCUUCGGAUUGCUGUCCAUGAUUGGCUUCAGUUUCAGUGUCGUCACUUCGUGGACUGCUCUAAGUGGUGUUUUUAUCGUCGGAGUGACCUCGGGUGGUCCUCCCGUGAUGGUAUUCAGUUUCAUCGGUGUUAGCAUCCUCACUUUAGCGGUGGCAAUUCCAAUGGCAGAAAUGUGCUCAAUGUACCCAGUGGCCGGAGGGCAGUAUUCUUGGGUUGCUGCGCUUGCACCUCCAAAAUUUGCUCGGGGAUUAUCUUAUGUGACGGGUUGGUUCAUGCUCAUAGGUCUUCUCGCUAUGGGCGCCACAAACAACUCAAUCGCAUCCAACUUUGUUCUCGGAAUGGCGAACUUGAUUUUCCCAGAAUAUGAGAUUCAACGAUGGCAGACGGUCUUGGUAGCUUACCUGGUCGCCAUUUUAUCGGCUGCCGUAAACCUCUGGGGAUCUCAUCUUCUUCACAAAAUUUCAAAGUUCAUAUUGAUUUGGAAUGUCGGAUCUUUCGUUAUUGUCACAAUUACUCUUCUCGCGACAAAUGACCACAAACAGCCAGCCUCUUUCGUUUUCUCAGAGUUCCAAAAUACCACAGGCUGGGGCACCGGAAUGGCCGCUAUUGUUGGCAUUCUCCAAGCCUGCUUUGGCAUGUGCUGCUAUGAUGCUCCUUCACAUAUGACUGAAGAGAUGAAGUCAGCUUCCAAGGAAGCGCCCAAAGCCAUUGUACUCGCCGUCAUUCUCGGUGCCGUGACCGGAUUUAUUUUCCUACUCACACUAUGCUUCUGCAUUGGAGACAUUGCUGCCACAGCUGAAAGUACUACCGGAGUUCCCGUCAUCCAGAUCAUUUACGACUCCACAGGCAACAAAGCAGCUACUUGUAUUUUGUCGAGCAUGAUUGCAGUCAUUGUCAUUGUUGCCGGAAACAACAUUCUGGCAGAAGGGUCUCGUUCCGUCUAUGCAUUUGCUCGCGACAACGGAUUGCCGUUUUCCAAGGUUUUCAGCAAAGUCGACGCCAAGAGCCAAGUUCCCGUCAACGCUGUUCUCCUCACUCUUGUUGUACAACUGGCACUUGAUGCCAUCGAGUUUGGCACAACCACUGGUUUUGAAACGGUCAUCUCAAUUUCAACCGAGGGCUUCUAUCUUUCCUAUGCGAUGGCUCUUUUGAGCCGAGUGAUGGGGUAUUUUACCGGUCAUGUCGUCAAGCUUGAUGGCCCAUACUCAUUUUCGCCCCUGGUGUCGAUAUCUCUUAAUAUUGUCGGACUCUUCUUCCUACUUUUCGCUUCGAUCACCUUUAACUUCCCGAGCACCUACCCUAUUGGAAAAGACUCUAUGAAUUACACGAGUGCUGCGAUUGGGGUUAUUGGUCUGAUCAGCAUCGUGACCUGGUUCACCUCUGGGCGGAAGAAUUUCACAGGACCGGGAGCUGUGAGCUUCUUGAGCGGAGAAAACUCGACACAAAAUGCCUCGCACACGGCUACCGCACAAGGGGAGAAAAAGUGUUGA